UGUCAUCUCUAUAAUCAAUUUUCGAGCUGCGCUGCUGGAUAUUUGUGUGAAUAAAAAUAGUGUUGUGUAUUGAGUAAUUGUUAAUAAGCAGCGUUAAAAAAUAUUGCAAGCACCAGCAAAAUAUUCAAUAUAAUGCAAAAAAGUUUUGGUAUAGCAGCAUAAAUCAAAUUUCGAUUUGCGAUGGGCGAUGUCGACCCCGAGACGCUGCUGGAAUGGCUGUCCAUGGGACAAGGAGAUGAGCGGGAUAUGCAACUGAUCGCACUGGAGCAGCUGUGUAUGCUGCUCCUGAUGUCCGAUAAUGUAGAUCGUUGCUUCGAAAGUUGCCCUCCUCGAACAUUUUUACCGGCGCUGUGUAAGAUAUUCCUGGAUGAACUUGCACCUGAAAAUGUACUCGAGGUCACUGCGCGAGCCAUCACCUAUUACCUGGAUGUUUCGGCUGAGUGCACCAGGCGUAUCGUUUCCAUUGAUGGCGCCAUCAAAGCCAUAUGCAACCAUCUAGUGGUUGCCGAUCUAUCAUCGCGCACAUCUCGCGAUCUUGCCGAGCAAUGUAUCAAAGUGCUCGAGCUGAUCUGCACCCGAGAAGCGGGCGCCGUCUUCGAGGGCGGCGGUCUCAACUGCGUUCUGUCCUUCAUUCGGGACUGUGGCUCGCAGGUUCACAAGGACACCUUACACUCGGCCAUGUCCGUGGUAUCUAGGCUCUGCACCAAGGUUGAGCCCAACACCCCCUGCAUUCAGAAUUGCGUCGAGAGUCUAAGCACUCUGCUGCAGCACGAAGACUCCAUGGUGUCCGAUGGCGCCCUGAAGUGCUUUGCCUCUGUGGCGGACCGAUUCACACGAAAGUGGGUGGACCCAGCCCCAUUGGCAGAGUACGGCCUUACAACCGAGUUGUUGAAGCGCCUCAAAAGUGUCGGAGGAAACACACACUCUUCGCUAUCAGCGGCUGGAACCCAGCCAACCAGCUCUAGCCAACCCGCUGCAACCACAAACUCGGAUGCCAUUAAUGAAAACGUUGCGGGAACUGCAACCAUAUCCAACAGCACCAAGGUUAAGUCAUCUGAUGCCGCCGCAUCGCCGCAGUCGAUAUCAACUACGAUUUCCUUGUUGUCCACACUUUGUCGCGGAUCUCCUUCGAUCACCCAUGACAUAUUGCGAUCCCAGUUGGCCGAUGCCCUCGAAAGAGCCCUGCAGGGCGAUGAGCGAUGCGUGCUGGACUGCAUGCGAUUCGCGGAUCUCUUGCUGUUACUAUUGUUCGAGGGACGCCAAGCCUUAAACCGAGGAAGUAACAACCCGAAUCAGGGACAAUUGGCGCCUCGACCAAGGCGUAAUAAUACCAACACCGAUCGUACGCAUCGCCAGCUCAUUGAUUGCAUACGAUCGAAGGACUCAGAAGCCCUACGCGAGGCCAUUGAAUCCGGCGGCAUUGACGUCAAUUGUAUGGACGAUGUGGGCCAAACACUUCUCAACUGGGCUUCGGCCUUCGGCACCUUGGAAAUGGUAGAAUAUUUGUGCGAGAAAGGAGCCGAUGUCAACAAGGGUCAACGAAGUUCGUCCCUACAUUAUGCGGCUUGUUUUGGUCGUCCGGCCAUUGCAAAAAUUCUCCUGAAAUUCGGAGCCUAUCCGGAUUUGCGAGAUGAAGAUGGCAAAACACCAUUGGAUAAGGCGCGCGAAAGAUUGGACGACGGACAUCGAGAGGUGGCGGCAAUUUUGCAGUCGCCCGGGGAGUGGAUGUCUCCAGAUCAUUCGCUACUUAACAAAGAUGGGAAAAAGUACACACUAAUGGAGCCCCGAGGUGAUCCGGAAAUGGCGCCCAUUUACCUUAAGGUGCUUCUGCCCAUAUUCUGUAGAACCUUCUUGGGUUCGAUGCUGGGCAGCGUCCGGCGGGCCAGUUUGGCCCUGAUUAAAAAGAUUGUACAGUACGCGUACCCAACGGUGCUUCAAAGUCUCAGUGAAACCAGUUUUAGCGAAGAUGCGGCGUCGACAUCGGGGCAAAAUGGUGGGAACCUACUAAUUGAGGUGGUCGCCAGUGUCCUAGAUAACGAGGAUGACGAUGACGGUCAUUUAAUAGUUUUAAACAUUAUUGAGGAAAUUAUGUGUAAAACACAGGAGGAAUUCCUCGACCAUUUUGCAAGGCUAGGAGUGUUUGCAAAGGUCCAAGCCCUGAUGGACAAUGAUGCGGAGGAACUGUAUGUGCAAUUACCAGGGAGCUCAGAGGAACCAGCCACAACGCAAAGAUCUUCGACCAGUGUGGCUGUCACUCCUAGGUCAACUUCAGAUGAUCCUAUGGAGGACGCAAAGGAAAUUUUGCAAGGGAAACCCUAUCACUGGCGCGAGUGGAGCAUUUGCAGAGGCCGGGAUUGUUUGUACGUCUGGUCAGAUUCUGUGGCCCUUGAGCUUUCUAAUGGCUCAAACGGAUGGUUCCGCUUCAUAAUAGAUGGCAAACUGGCAACGAUGUACUCCAGUGGAAGCCCCGAGAAUGGAAAUGAUAGUUCUGAAAAUCGUGGCGAGUUUCUUGAGAAACUAAUGCGGGCUCGAUCCUGCGUGAUUGCAGGAGUUGUAUCACAGCCCAUUUUGCCCACUGCGAGUGCGCUUCGCCUAGUUGUUGGAAACUGGGUUCUACAGUCGCAGAAAACAAACCAACUUCAAAUUCACAACACCGAAGGCCACCAAGUUACCGUGUUGCAGGAUGAUUUGCCUGGAUUUAUUUUUGAAAGCAAUCGAGGAACGAAGCAUACCUUCUCGGCAGAAACUGUCCUGGGUCCCGAUUUCGCAUCCGGCUGGUCAACAGCUAAAAAGAAGCGCAAUAAGUCAAAGACGGAAGGUCAAAAGUUCCAGGUUCGAAACCUAUCGCGGGAAAUUUAUAACAAGUACUUCAAGUCUGCGCAAACUAUUCCUCGAGGCGCCGUAGCAAUACUUACGGAUAUAGUGAAGCAAAUUGAGCUAUCCUUUGAGGAGCAGCACAUGGCACCAAAUGGAAACUGGGAGACCACACUCUCGGACGCCCUAAUGAAGCUAUCUCAACUUAUACACGAAGACGGCGUUGUAAGCGCCUAUGAAAUGCAUUCGUCGGGUUUGGUACAAGCUUUGGUUGCCGUUUUGUCCGUUAAUCAUUGGGAAACUAAUUCACCUCGCUGCAAGCGAAACAAAAUGCAAAAGCAACGAGUUUCCGUAUUCAAGAAAUGUAUACUGGAGGACAAUGUUGAGUCUGCAACGAACAAACCAAGAACUAAAAGUACUGCAAGUAUUUUAAUUCAAAAGCUUGUGUCGGUUUUGGAAAGCACAGAGAAGCUUCCAGUGUACUUGUACGAUACUCCUUGCACUGGAUAUAGUUUGCAAAUUCUGCAGAAAAGACUUCGCUUCCGUUUAGAGCGUGCAGAAUGCGAAAGCACAUUGUUCGAUCGCUCGGGGCGAACUCUUAAAAUGGAACCAUUGGCAACGAUUGGACAACUUUCCAAAUAUCUACUAAAAAUGGUGGCAAAACAAUGGUACGACCUCGACCGGUCAACCUACUUUUACUUGAAAAAAAUUCGGGAGCAUAGGACCGGAACCGUGUUUACGCACUCCUUUGAUUUCGACGAGGAAGGCUUGUUAUUCUACAUUGGAUCCAAUGCAAAGACCUGCGAUUGGGUUAAUCCAGCGCAAUAUGGUCUGGUGCAAGUGACAAGUUCUGAGGGAAAGACCUUACCCUAUGGCAAACUGGAGGAUAUUCUAUCUCGCGAUAGCAUCUCACUCAAUUGUCACACCAAGGAUAACAAGAAGGCUUGGUUCGCCAUCGACCUGGGGGUCUAUAUAAUUCCCACUGCUUAUACGCUGCGCCAUGCCCGCGGAUAUGGAAGAUCGGCUUUGAGAAAUUGGCUACUUCAAGGCUCAAAAGAUGGCCUAACUUGGACCACCCUCAGCACUCAUGUGGAUGACAAGAGUCUUGUAGAGCCGGGCAGCACAGCUACUUGGCCCAUUACCUGUGCAACUGACGAUUCCAUAAGGUACCGCCACAUCAGAAUCCAACAAAAUGGGCGCAAUGCGUCUGGCCAGACCCAUUAUCUAAGUUUGAGUGGCUUCGAAAUCUAUGGGCGUGUCGUGGGAGUGGCCGAUGAUAUUGGAAAGAGUGUCAAGGAAGCAGAGGCAAAAAUAAGGCGCGAGAGGCGGCAGAUAAGAGCACAGCUCAAGCACAUGACCACCGGUGCACGAGUGAUUCGUGGCGUCGACUGGCGUUGGGAGGAACAGGAUGGAUGUGCCGAGGGCACAAUAACUGGCGAAAUACACAACGGCUGGAUCGAUGUGAAGUGGGACCAUGGCGUACGCAACUCCUAUCGCAUGGGAGCCGAAGGAAAGUACGAUUUAAAGUUGGCUGAUUGCGAGUAUCUAUCCGCCUUCGACGGAAAUCAGUCGAUGGGUACUGCGAGCACAGCUCCAAAAGCAUGUGAGAAAGGUAACACACUCACAUCUCGCAAAUCGAGCUCUACUCCAUCCCUGCCCGAAGCCACUGAGAAGAAUCAAAACCCCGAGGGCGCAUCCAAUCAAACCGUUUCGGCGGAUAACUUGGCGUGGAAGCAGGCUGUGGAGACAAUUGCAGAGAACGUAUUUGCCUCGGCCAAGACACAGAUUAUAUCCAAUCAACUUGCUAUGAACACAUCUUCCUCCAGGGAAGCUCGAGCCAAACACAAGGAGUCAGGCACUAACCAAAUGCAUAAGGAUAACAUAAGCGGACCGUCACCCUUGAGCCGGGAGUUGGAGCACAUAUCGGACUUGUCUGCUAUCAACAACUCUAUGCCGGCAAUUAACUCGAGCAUUGUCUCCGACCUAGCCACCAUUUCGGAGAACUUAUCACUAACUGAAUUGUCCAAAGAAAAUAUAUGCAGCGUCCUUACGCCUUCUUACAAGGCUGCUGAGAGUGUUACUGCAAGUCAGAGCUCAAGCCAUCCGGAUGUACAGAGUUCGUCGCCGCGGGAGAACGAUAUCAAAAACAUAUCCAACAUUGAGGAAAACAAUAAGAUGAACGCAAACAACUCGGUGAAUAAGAUAUCCAAGGACCUGCUCGCGAAUCUCCGAACCUCGAACAUUGCUGGCUGUCCACCAGUCACACAACUUUCCACCGAAGCCCUCGAAAUGAUCGACAAAAUGCGCGAUGGCGUGGACAUGAUUCGAAACAACUCCAAUAACAUUCUGUCCACAGACACUUUCCCAGUGCCCUGCACAAAUGUUCCAGUUGGCGUUAAGAAGACCCCAAAGGCUCAGGCUCUAAUAAAUCCUGAUAACGCCAAUCAGAAGCAAAUUAUAGUUACAACCGAAGAGUUCCCCACUAAGAGUUCAAAGAAGCCCAGUGUAACUUUGAAACCAGCUCAGCAACCAAAUGCAGUGUUAUCAAUCGUGGACAUCAAGGAUCCGCAGAUUUCAACCGAAAACGUUUCGGUUCCCAGCCAGAUGAGUAUCAGUGUUCCUAAUCUGACAACAACUUCAGCUUCGGAGGUUCCCUCGACUUCCGAAGUGGCAACCCACACCGGUUUGCUGGAGACAUUUGCCGCAAUUGCUCGUCGUCGUACCUCCCAAGGUACCAAUAUACAGGAUAAUCAGAUUAUGAAUGCGGAAGCAAAUGUGAACGAGCACGGCGAUCAGAACGCUUCUGGCUCAUUCCUUGGCCACUCGGUAACUAGUUUAGUUAAGUUGGCGUUGUCAAGCAACUUCCACUCUGGACUGCUUAGCACCGCUCAAAGCUACCCAAGUCUAUCGUCGAAUAAUAGCGAAAACAUAGCUCCGUCGAACCCUACAAAUACCUCUGCGGGUCAGCAAUCGGCAUCCACUAUUAAUCAUACCCUAACAAUGAGUCUAACAUCCACAUCGAGUGACAGUGAGCAAGUAUCCCUCGAAGACUUUUUAGAGAGUUGCAGAGCGCCGGCGUUGUUGGGUGAUUUGGACGAUGAGGACGACAUGGAUGAGGACAACGAUGAAGAGGAGAACGAGGACGAGUACGAAGAGGUCGGAAACACGUUGCUGCAAGUGAUGGUCUCCCGAAAUUUGCUUACCUUUAUGGAUGACGAGGCUAUGGAGAACAGGUUGGUGGGUGUGACCAAGCGCAAGUCAUGGGACGACGAGUUUGUUUUAAAGAGGCAGUUCUCUGCGUUGAUACCUGCUUUCGAUCCACGCCCGGGCCGCACAAACGUCAACCAAACUUCCGAUCUGGAAAUAUCCCCCCUUGGCGUCGAACUACCGAAACCCCAGCAGAGUGGGCCCGAGACUAUCGAGCAGCCUUUGCUGGGCCUUAAAUUGCGGGGUCCGGGAAUCGGUGGCAUACCUGAAGUGGAAAUCGACCUGAGUAACACCGACUGGACCAUAUUCAGAGCGGUACAAGAAUUACUUCAGUGCAGUCAGUUGAACAAGCUGGACAAAUUCCGGAAGAUAUGGGAGCCCACAUACACCAUUGUGUACCGGGAGGUGUCACCCGAGGCACAGGAGAGCACUUGCCUGGAGUCGGAGGAGUUUCCGCAAACGCCCGAUGUGUCUUCAAAGAGUGGUGCAUCAACUUUGUCCCCUAACUCUCCCAUGCACAUCGGGUUCAACGUAGCCGACAAUAACCUGUGCUCCGUGGACGAUGUACUUGAGCUGCUCACUCAAAUCAAUGGUCUCAAUCAGUCCGAAAUCGAUUCGGAUGUCAAGGAGCACGGUGUAUCGGUGUUGUCCGAAGAUCUCUUCAUCAGCAAGAAAAUAACCAACAAACUGCAACAGCAAAUUCAGGAUCCAUUGGUGCUCGCCAGCAACGCGCUGCCGAACUGGUGCGAGAACUUAAACCAAUCCUGCCCCUUUCUGUUUCCAUUUGAGACCAGGCAGUUGUACUUUAACUGCACAUCGUUCGGAGCUUCGCGCAGCAUAGUAUGCCUACAGUCCCAGCGAGAUGUCACUGUGGAACGGCAAAGGAUACCCAUAAUGAGUCCGCGGCGGGAUGAUCACGAGUUCCGCAUCGGACGUCUAAAGCACGAACGCGUAAAAGUUCCGCGAAACGAGGAUCUGCUCAUGUGGGCAAUGCAGGUCAUGAAGACUCAUUGCAAUCGCAAGUCCGUGCUGGAGGUUGAGUUUUUGGAUGAGGAAGGAACUGGUUUGGGACCAACGUUGGAGUUCUACGCCUUGGUGGCCGCAGAAAUUCAGCGUUCCGACCUUUGUAUGUGGCUGUGUGACGAUGAUUUGGGCGAGGACACCGAAAACUCACCGCAGAAUGCGGAAGGGAACUCAAAACCUGUUGGGUAUUACGUAAAUCGCAGGGAGCACGGAAUUUUCCCAGCACCACUACCGCAGAACACCGAGAUAAGUGAGAAGGUUCUGAAAUACUUCUGGUUCUUCGGCGUUUUUGUGGCAAAAGUUUUGCAGGAUAUGCGCUUGGUGGACAUACCAUUAUCAACAUCAUUUCUUCAGCUGCUUUGUCACAACAAAGUGUUAUCACGUAAUCUCCAAAAGGUCAUUUCGGAUAGACGAAAUGGCGACCUUUCAGUCGUAUCAGAAGAAUCUGAUAUAGUAGAAACCUGCACUAAACUGCUGCGAACUGAUUCCAACAAGUCAAAUGCAUUCGGUGGUAUUCUAUCAUUGGAAAACUUAAAAGAAAUAGAUCCAACUCGUUAUCAAUUCCUGCAAGAAAUGCAAAACCUAUUGAUGCGGAAGCAGUCAAUCGAGUUUGACGACACGAUAAGCGCCGAGAAGAAACAUGAGCUUAUCAACGAGCUUAAGCUGCACACCCAAAAUGGCUUGGAGGUAUCUCUCGAAGACUUGGCCCUUACUUUCACGUAUCUGCCAAGUUCCUCGAUAUAUGGAUACAGCCAGGCCGAACUGCUGCCGAAUGGAUCGUCAGUGAACGUUACCAUCGAUAACUUGGAAGCGUACUGCGAACUGCUGAUGAACUUCAUCUUGCAGGACGGAAUCGCUCAGCAAAUGAAAGCCUUCAGUGAUGGCUUCAACGAAGUGUUCCCUCUAAAGAAGUUGGCCGCUUUUACUCCCUCAGAGGCGCGAAUGAUGAUAUGUGGCGAGCAGUUCCCCCAUUGGAGCCGAGAAGACAUUAUUUCAUACACUGAACCAAAACUUGGUUACAACAAAGACAGUCCCGGAUUCCAACGCUUUGUUAACGUUUUGUUAAGCAUGUCGGGAGACGAGAGGAAGGCGUUCCUCCAAUUUACAACUGGUUGCAGUAGCCUGCCCCCAGGAGGACUGGCCAACCUCCAUCCCCGACUGACAGUUGUCCGAAAGGUAGAUGCUGGAGUUGGAAGCUAUCCAUCCGUGAACACAUGCGUUCACUAUUUAAAGCUUCCCGACUACCCAACAGAGGAGAUCAUGAAGGAGCGCUUGUUAACAGCAACUAAGGAAAAGGGGUUUCAUUUAAAUUAAACAAUUUAUUGUACUCGAUAUUCAAGUUAAUAAAAUUUGAACCUUUUGUUAUUUAAA